UCACCACUGCAGGCGACAAUGAACUCAAACCUUCCUCUCCAUAGCGCGCAACCGUGUGCGAACGAAUGCAAUUUUUGGGGAGAGUUCUUUGGGAAAACCCGUUCUACUGACCAGAGCGCACAAUAUGUCAUCUUGAUCAGAAGGGUGAAAUCCCACCGCGGCAGGCACGUAGCUACUGCUCCUCUGCACUUUAUAGAGAUGACCAAAUGCGAUGGACCUUGUGGACAUACGUAUCCGCCAGAAUCACUGGACCUCUUGGGUCGAUGUGGACACUUUUUAUGUAAAGUCUGUCACGGACUUGUCCAAAAUGAUGACGGUAUGUUAAAUAGAGCUUUUAUGUUGGUCAACCACCGUAGGCAAAAAGGAGUGUCGAAGAAAUACAUUCAAAAAAGAGCACACUACGAGGCAUCAAAAGAGAAAUGGCCUCGGUCACCGCUGUCAUCGCCUAUCGAACAAAGAUGUGAUGAGCGUAUGAAGCAAUGUAGUAGGAUACCAAUAAUUCUAGCUAAUCGACAUCGCCAGGGUGGUCCGGGGAGGGGGAGGAUUUUGAUAAUGUUGCGUCCGAGGUAG